AUGACGGAUGUUCCAACCGGUGGCAGAAUCGUGCCCGUAGUCAAGGCCCAUCAGCAUUACUCCAUUAGUCCUGCCGAUGAGGCCGUGGCCGACCAACGCCCCCCAACACAACAGCUCCCAACCCAACCACCACAACCGCAACAAGAAGACGAUAGCGAUGGGCGUUCAAGUCAAAAGCUACCGCCCCAGUCGCAGGCGAAAUCCUCAAAAAGCACGCGCAGUAAGAAUGUGGAGACGGAAUGCCUGGAGCUUCCAUGUCUCAACAAACUCGGGCUCUAUGCUCUUCCUACAGAGGGCGAUGGCAAUUGCUUAUAUUACGCCCUCUCUGACCAACUAUAUGGAGAUUUCACUCAUGCCGACGAGAUCCGUGUCCGUCUCGCUGAUCACAUCGCCGCCAAUAAAGAUUACUUUAUGAAUUUUAUAGCCGCCGUUGGUGGAGAGCGCAGAGCGCCCAGGCGAGCGGCAGCGUCGGCGGCUCGAUAUUCUUACUGUUCCUCCUCCUCCGCCAGUCCCGCGCCUCCGUCUUCCAAGGAUAAAGAGCGGAGCUUUGAUUCCAAGGUGGCGGAGUCUCGGAAAAAGGGCGUUUGGGGAGGAGCAGAAGAGAUCCAGGCAUUUUGCCAGUCGUAUAAAAGGGAUGUCAAUGUCUACACCAUGUAUGGCAUUCAAAACUUCCGCGACGUUCAUGCUUCAGAUGACGAAGAGAGGGAAGCCGUGCAUAUUGCAUUUCAUGAUUUCCACCAUUAUUCCUCUGUACGGCAUACAGAAGGCCCCCACACAGGCUUGCCGUGUAUACCCCGAGCUGAGCAGACAGUCCACAAAGAAGCGUCGACUACUGGACCCACUGUCGUAGAUAUGGCUAGCCCAUGGAAAAUAUCGGCCAUCCAGGAGGGUCUUGGUGGCAAGUAUGACCGGGACACCAUCGUAGGAAUGCUUCAACAAUGUCGCGGUAACAUCGACAGGGCAUUCGAGAAUCUACUUGGCGAAGAUACUAGUGCACACCCGGCGGAGACUUCUGCUUCUAAAGCCAUCAUGAAAUCUCGCCUUCAACAACCGUCCUCACGGUCUUCGUCUCCCUUCAGCACCGGUAGCAAGCGCUCCGCAGAUGAGAGUGAACUUGAGGACAACCCUCAACCGGCUACGCGGGGUGACCGAGCCAGAGAUCAAAAAAGGCGUAUCCUUCCUGAUGUAACGGUUGGGAUUGCCUUCCGAGACGAUCAGAAUGACCUUGUUUCCUUGCGGUUACGAGUCAGCCCGGAUGCGGUCGCCGAAAAGGCAAUGACUGCAGAAACCCCUAGCCAGACAGAAAGUGACUCCUUCGAGUCAGGAUCGGGAUCCGACAGAACUGGAGACCUAGAGAAAGACAACAAGUCCAGGAUCAAGCAGAAACCAGCUUCUAGCGAGCCCGCCACCCAGAAGAACGAACCAAAGGAAGAACCGAAGCCACGGCGGAGCCAACGCCUCACUAAGAGUCGGAACGCUCCAAAACCUGUAUAG